GAAUGUAUACAAUUUGGGUUAAAUCUUUGUAUGUGGUAUGUAGGUAUGAUAACGCAACUUGCAGAAAAGUACAGCCUACCAAUGAAAACAAGUUUCAGCUCUGCUCGUGGAUUUUUUAUCCAGAUGAAUGCUGAUUGUUCAACAUUACCUAAUGGCCAGCUUCCUUCAGAAUUUACAAAGAUCACGAAAAUGAAAAACACAUACAGCUUCACUUCAGCUGAUUUAAUAAAAAUGAAUGAAAGAUGUCAGGAGUCCCUGAGAGAAAUCUAUCACAUGACCUAUUUGUAAGACCUGUUAAAACUAUUUAAUAUUUGCUAAGUAUGUUCAUUUUCUCCAGUUAUCAGCUAAUUAUAUGGGAUUUUAAAGCUAUCUUUCUUUUAAGUUAUGGUUACUUACAGAAAUAGUCUAAAGCAACACUGUUCAAGUGUACUCCUGAGACAAACAGAACCCAUAAAUUGUGUAUUGUAUUAAACAUGAUUGCAGAUAGAUUGGCAUUUAUUAAUAGAAGUGGUCAUCAUAUAAAAUUUUAAUGGGUGAAUUAUCUGUACAAAAUGGCACAAUGAAUGCAUUAGUUUUGCAUCAGUAAAAAUCAGAUUUGUUAGUUUUAGUCAGUUCCUUAUAUUUAGAGUAGAAGUAUUUCUGUAUCUUGUCCUUGCGUGUGAUCUUGUUCUCCUCUCUGAUUCAUAACUUAGUAAGUGUAAGGUUACCUGUCAGCUGAAUGGAAAUUCUUUCUAGCAACCAUGUAGGGGUUUUUUAACAUGUAAAUCUAAGGGAAUUAGAGUCACAUUUCACAUGUUAAUAAAACAUACUUGAUCCCAUAGCUACAUUUUUAGUUCAUUCUCUGUGUGAAGCUUUCAUAUGAGCUGUUGUAUUUGAGGUAUGUGUGUUGUGUCUGAUGAGCAGAAUGUUAGCUGAGAUGAUGGCACAAGAUCUUUACUGCAAAGAAAUUUAUACAUUUGCUCGCAUCUGGGGGACAUGAUUGUGAUUUAUGAGUGACAUUUUAUCCUAAUGUAUACAGUAUGAACAUUAUAGUUUCUUUAUUUCUGUAAGUUGUAUAAAUUGAGGAUGUGCUGUGCAACGGCUAAAUCAGUGUCUUACUUCAGAAUAGUGUGUAAACUACUGAAUGAGAUCUAUGAACACAUUCAUUGCUUAUACAAGCUGUCCGACAUUGUGUCUAUGCUGGAUAUGCUGCUUUCGUUUGCCCACGCCUGCACUCUUUCUGAUUAUGUUCGUCCAGAAUUUACCGAUACUUUAGCAAUCAAGCAGGGAUGGCAUCCCAUUCUUGAAAAGAUAGCUAUGGAAAAACCUGUGUCUAACAACACAUACCUGACAGAGGGCAACAAUUUUGUCAUUAUUACAGGACCAAAUAUGAGUGGAAAAUCAACAUACCUGAAACAAAUUGCUCUCUGUCAAAUUAUGGCACAGAUUGGUUCUUAUGUCCCAGCAGAGUAUUGUUCUUUUCGAAUCGCAGAGCAGAUUUUUACCAGAAUAGGUAUGGAUGAUGAUAUUGAAACAAAUGCAUCAACAUUCAUGAAGGAAAUGAAAGAGAUAACGUACAUCAUACAAAAUGCUAAUGAUAAAUCUCUCAUCAUUAUUGAUGAACUUGGCAGAGGUACCAGUGCCGAAGAAGGUAUUGGCAUUUGUUAUGCUGCCUGUGAAUAUCUGUUGAACUUAAAGGCAUUUACACUGUUUGCUACACAUUUCCUGGAACUAUGUCAUAUAGACGCUUUAUAUCCUAAUGUGGAAAACUACCAUUUUGAAGUGCAACAUGUGAGAAGCAGUGCUGGAAAUAAGGAGAAAAUUGCUUACACUUACACACUUUCUAAGGGAUACACAGAGGAAAAGAACUAUGGACUAAAAGCUGCAGAAGUGUCCUCCCUACCAUCAUCCAUAAUUUUGGAUGCAAAGGAAAUUACAAAUCACAUUGCAAAACAAAUUUUGCACAGGCAGAAAAGCACUCCUGAGAUGAUGAAACAGAGAGCUGCAUACCAGUUAGCAAUGAGAUUGGUUCAGACUGCCAGAAAUUCUCGACUGGACCCUGACAGUUUGCGUGUAUAUUUGAAAGCCCUGAAGAAAAAGUAUGAAGCCAGUUGUCCUACACCUGGAAAAAAUUAUGAGCAACAGUAAUGUAUAACAUAGACUGUUGUUCUAACUUUUAUGACUGCAAGAUGAUGCUGGUUUUCCCCAAAGUAUUAGUACUGUCUUUUCACGUCGUGUUAUGUUUUUAAUUCUUAGUCUAAAUUACACUCAGUAAUGGAAGACCAUAUCCUUUAUGGGUUCCCUCUCUUCUCUGACAUACCUGGAAGAAAAGCAUUUGCCUUCUAAGAGGAACACAAUUCUUUUUGACAGUAAAUUGUAUCAUUUCCAUCAUUUUAGAGCAGCAUUGAGAGGAGAGGGAAGGACUGGGGCAGAAUACUAAGGAACUCAGAAUUUCAGGCAUGACCCAAAAGAAAGCUGAGACUGCAAAAAGGGAAAACUGUGUCCAAAUUGCCUCGAAGCAGUUUUUGCUGUCUGUUCUUAUUCCUGUUUUAUUCUCGACGCUCCCUGUGCCAUUGUUUCCCACUGGAUCCUUGUGUCUCGUUCCCUGUGCCUGUUCCUAUUUUAUCCCUCUCUGCCAUGUUGCGCAUCCGCUUUGUUUCGAUUUUUAAAAUCGUUUUCAUCCUGCACCCUGUUUUUCCUUUUCUUCCUAUGUCCUCUCUGCUCCCACUCCCUCUUUCUGCCUCUCAUCGUCCGUCCCUGGUGCUCCCAUCCCACGACUGGAUGGGUCCAUGAGCGCAGAUCGGGAUGCCGGUGCUGCAGCCUCCCGGGGGCAGCAGCAGCAGCGUCGUGGGGAAGGGAGGAACCACCUGCUGCCACCGGCCCGAGCGCAGGAGUGGAGCCUGAGCCAGAGCCGUGGCAGCGUCCCUGGCCCGUGCCGUGGGGCGGCUGGUGGCCCGCCACAGCGGGGCUGGAGAGGAACUUCAGCCCUUCUGGGGGCUUCCUCCCUUUCUUGUUGCAGCAGAAUCCCUUUUUGGGGGGAUGUACGUGUGGAAAGGGCUGGAAUAAAGUGCCGUGCUGCUGUCCCAAGCAGCUUGACU